AUGACUGAGAUCUCGUCUGGCAUGACCAUUCCAAAACAUACUACACCAUCCAUAGUCGAACCAGAGCAUUCUCAAAUACCCAUUCCAGAACCUUGCUGUCAGGAACGUUCAUCUUGGAAACAGUAUCGCAAACCAUCGUUGCCCAUGAGCGACACUACUGAUGUCAUGGAUGCAAUGCAUUCACAGGCUGUUUGCUCGCCAUUUCAAGACUUGUGCAUGUCCGAUACCUCUACGGAAGCCACUUCUCCACAAUCUGCUACCACAUUGCAGGAAGUUGGGUUGAGAUUCCUUCAAGCAAAAGGACCCGAAUGUUACUCCAAUACCACUAGUCCCAUGUCAGCCUUGCAUUCAAUCACUCAUGCAUCAACUGUCAGUGCUGUUCUGUUUGGUCAUCCAGAAUCAAUGGUCACCACAAAUGCUGUUUCAAGCAUUGAUCAUUUGGUUUACAGAAGCGAUUCGUCGUCUGUGCAUUCAAUCGAAACUCCGCUUCAAAUCAAUUUCCAUCAAGAACAGAAUCCUGAUGAUGUGGGGUUGAGUCCUGACUGCCAUCAUGGCACUGACGACAGUCUUAGUAUAAGUGAUAGUAAUAAUAGUACAGGCAGUAGCUGCGAUCCUUGUUUUGAGCAUUCAUGCAAUGGGAUGGACCAGGGUGAUACUACCCAAGAAAUGAGUAAGCGACUACAGAGUAUUGGCUUUUCUCACGAUAAAGCGGCUGCCAUUCAGGAAAUGUUGGGCUCAAAAACUGCUGCUUCCACUCCUAAUCUAUGUUUAUCUAGUCCUUGGCAAUCUCAGUUGAAACGUCGAGUUCCUGUUGGCAUGUUGGCAUCAGAACUCCCAAUUUCACAUUCACGCCCAUCACAGCGGUAUUCAGUCGAUACUGUCAAUACUCGCUUGCAUACAAAUCGAAAGCGUUUUGCAAAUCAGUGUGUUUCAGAUACAAGCAUCCGUAGAAGCACCGGAGACCUUAAUCUGGGUGUCAAUAGCAGCAAUACUGGAAGUCACUACACUACCUCGUGCAAAUCUGGUCAAAUGUGCUACAGAGAAAUGGACGAGUUUGUGGAAUGGUGCGAGGAGAUGACUGGAAAUAUGUUCAAUCAUUAUCCAACUCGUCGUGAAAUAUCAAUGCCAUCAUAUUCAUCCAUCUUGCAACUGGCUGCAAUCGAAGAGUCGUCGGAAUCUUUGAGUCGAUCAGAAAGCUUAACGCGUGGUUCAAUAUCAACACAGAAUACAUCCUCCAUUUCAUCUGAAAGUGGGACCUCGGAUGAAAAAAAGGACAGUCGUUAUAGCACUGCUUAUGAUACAUAUCGAGCAUCAUCGGAUAAGCAUCUAUCUAGCAGCACAUCCUCGUUUGAAUACCCAUCUGCCAAGUCAUGUAUGUAUGUCCAGCAUCAAUGUUCAACACCUCCUCCUUCAGCAGAAGACUCGGCAUGUGCUGAUUUGGUGUUGGAGGAUCCAUUGUUUUCUUUGACAAGCCUUCCAAAUGGCACCCGAAAUACUUGGCCGACAUCAUCCAAGAAUAAACCAAAAAUGUCAACCUCGACAGUGGUUAAACGACUGUUUUCGUUUGGGUCAUACAAAUCAGAGCAACGAUCUGUUUCUCAGCCUGGGUCGUCUUUGAGUUCUAUAUCCAGAUCCGUAUCUGCAACAGCUGCUACAUACGUCAAAACCUUUUCGGCAGCAGAGGAAUAA